AUGGGCUGGCAAAAGAUACGAGAGAGCUUUUCCGGGAAACAAAUAAAACAAAGAGUUUCGGCAGUCGCUAGAAAUACGAAGAUAUCAGUGCUUGAUGCUCCAAUACGCACAGAAUUCGAGCCAGAUAUACUUGCAAGACUUCCAAAAUUAACCCAUGUUCACCCGAUGGAGCAGAUCAGUUUAUUCCGUGCAAAAAUUAAGUAUUGCUCCGAAUUCUACUCAUUCACGAGCAAGGACGAGACGGUGAGACGAUACCGAGAACAUAAAUCGCAAACCUUCAUCGAGUUCGCCGAGCAGGCGAAAUCUUCACAACUUAUUAUGAACGAGUCCAUACGAGAGGAUUUUGUCACAAUGCUGCAUAAAAAUAUUGUUCCGCCGAUUCCAGACUAUGACGAUGAGUUAUCAGAAGAAGAGUUUAAGGAUCCACAAUUUGAGCACAUCGGCUUCGCCCUAAACAUAUUCGCGCUGAUCCUGAACAACCGUCAUUUCAAAGCGUCGAAAAUGAAGAACAUAAUCACCCAGAGUCUUAUAUCAGAUUUAUUCCAGCAAAUGAGCCAUCCAGACGAGCGAAUCCGCGAAAGCCUAAAAACAGUUAUCCACCAGCUUUACACGAAUUUCAUCGCGCAACGAACAUUUAUCCGACGAGAAAUGAACAAUUUACUCUUGGAAUUUAUAUACGAAGACGACUCGUAUAGAGGGGUUGCUGAAAGAAGUCUAUAUUUCCUAAACAAACCGUAUAUCAUCGAAUUGAUCGAAAGCAAUUUGAAUCGAAUCAUGCCACAAAUCUUGCCAGAGCUUAUUGUCGCCGCAGAAGGCCACUGGAACUCAUCGAUAGUUCAUCUUGUCUGCAACAUUCUUCGCUCGUUGAUGGAGCUCGACGAGGAUCUCUUCUCGAGGCUGGUCGAUGAAAUCAUGAAGACAAACGAAGACGAAUGUCCAAGAAGAUCGACAGCGAGAAAUACCAUCGCCCGAGCAAGUCAAAGAGCUUCUGAAAUGGAAAGGAGGCAAACAAUAGCUAUGGAAGCCCAGCCAAAUGCCAAUUAUUGA